GAACCUUUCUGCGCUGGGCUAGGGACACCAGAACACCUGCAAAGGGCGGGGUCACCGGAGGGGGCGCGGAAGGAGACGAGUAAUACGUCCUCAAGAUGGCUGUCGCGCAGGCUGAGGGGGAGAAGCGAUUCUGAAGAAGGAAAACAACAAUAACAAGGCUGAAAUUGACCCAGUCAGAACGGCCUGCCCGUGGACAAGGUGGAGGAGGAGGCAGAAGACUCCCCAGAUCUGUAGCACAGGGUCGAUGAGGUGGUGUCAGACCUAGUGGCUCGUGUUGAGACCUUCCGCCGCCCCCCCCCCCCCCGUUUCUUCCAUAUGUUGAUGCUGCUGCCUGGACUGCAGGAUGACUCUGUGAGACAAGGCGGCUAUCUUGUUGGGAUUUACAGUACGUGCUUGUUUGGCAAGGGGACAUGUUGAAUAUGGAGACUGAAGACUUUGUGCCUCCCCCUGAAUGCCCUGUUUUUGAGCCUACCUGGGAAGAGUUUGAGGAUCCCUUGGGAUAUAUUGCUAAAAUCAGGCCCAUAGCUGAAAAGUCAGGAAUAUGCAAAAUCCGGCCGCCUGCGGACUGGCAGCCACCAUUUGCUGUAGAAGUUGACAGCUUUCACUUCACUCCACGUAUUCAGAGACUCAAUGAACUUGAAGCAGAGACUAGAGUUACACUAAACUACUUGGACCAAAUUGCCAAGUUUUGGGAGAUCCAGGGAUCCUCUCUGAAAAUCCCAAAUGUGGAGCGCAGAAUACUGGAUCUGUACAGCUUAAACAAGAUUGUACAAGAGGAGGGCGGUUAUGAGCCAAUAUGCAGAGAACGAAGAUGGGCACGCGUGGCACAACGCAUGGGGUACCCCUCAGGGAAAAACCUUGGCUCGCUUUUACGUUCACAUUACGAGCGCAUCAUCUAUCCUUUCCAUAUGUACCAGUCAGGGGCAAACAUGGUGGACUACAGAGAGAGACCCCGCUAUGACAAUGAGGAGAAGGAUAAGGAAUACAAGCCUCACAGUAUCCCAUUGCGGCAGUCUGUACAGCCAUCCAAAAUUACCAGCUAUGGACGGCGAGCCAAGCGUCUAACUCAGGAGGAUCCUGAGAACUCAGAUCCUGCCACCCAGAGCUCCUCUCAGCCCACUGAAACAUCUCCAUCCUGGCCGGAGCCAACUGUUGAGGACAUUGAGAAGAAUCCAGAGCUGAAAAAGCUCCAGAUAUAUGGUGCAGGCCCCAAGAUGAUGGGAUUGGGACUGAUGGCCAAAAAUAAGAACUUGCGCAAGAAAGACGGUGAUAUCCCAGAAUGCCCUCUGACACUUGUGGUUAAGGAAGAGUUUGCUGUGGAAGGCCGUGGAGAGCCAGGGGAAGUUCAUGUGCAUGUGAAAUCAGAGCGUUCCCUUAGCCCAGAGCCUUGUACUAAGAUGACCAUGAAGCUACGAAGGAACACCAUCACCAACACCAAUCAGUUUGUGGACACCUACAUUUGUCGCAUUUGUUCCCGCGGUGAUGAUGAUGACAGAUUGUUACUGUGUGACGGAUGUGACGACAACUAUCACACUUUCUGCCUACUUCCACCUCUUACUGAACCCCCAAAGGGUAUCUGGCAUUGCCCCAAAUGUGUCAUGGCAGAGUGCAAGCGACCCCCUGAAACAUUUGGGUUUGAGCAAGCAACACGAGAGUACACACUACAAAGCUUCGGGGAGAUGGCUGAUGCAUUUAAAGCUGAUUAUUUUAACAUGCCAGUACAUAUGGUCCCGACGGAGCUGGUGGAGAAGGAGUUUUGGCGCCUGGUUAAUAGCAUAGAGGAAGAUGUUACAGUCCAGUAUGGAGCAGACAUUCACUCCAAAGAGUUUGGCAGUGGUUUCCCCAUGUUGGAUGGGAAAACAGAACUCUCCCCCGAGGAAAAGUCGUAUGCAACCGGUGGGUGGAAUUUGAAUGUGAUGCCAGUACUGGAGCAGUCUGUGCUAUGUCACAUAAAUGCUGACAUUUCUGGCAUGAAGGUGCCCUGGCUUUAUGUUGGAAUGGUGUUCUCUGCAUUCUGCUGGCACAUUGAGGAUCACUGGAGUUAUUCCAUAAACUACCUUCAUUGGGGGGAGCCCAAGACCUGGUAUGGGGUGCCAUCCUCAGCGGCUGAGCAACUUGAAGGUGUAAUGAAGAAGUUGACACCAGAGCUUUUUGAAAGUCAACCAGACCUCCUACAUCAGCUGGUCACACUCAUGAACCCCAACACCCUCAUGGCACAUGGCGUGCCGGUGGUGCGCACUAAUCAGUGUGCAGGGGAGUUUGUCAUCACAUUCCCAAGGGCCUAUCACAGCGGUUUCAAUCAAGGCUACAACUUUGCAGAGGCAGUCAACUUCUGCACUGCUGACUGGCUCCCAACCGGAAGGAAGUGUAUCGAGCAUUACCGGAGGUUGCGGCGAUACUGUGUCUUCUCUCAUGAGGAGCUGAUUUGCAAGAUGGCUGCUUGUCCCGAGAGGUUGGACAUGAGCUUGGCAGCUGCUGUACACAAAGAGAUGUUUCUGUUGGUACAGGAAGAAAGGCGGCUGCGCAAAGCCCUUUUGGAACAGGGUGUCACAGAGGCAGAAAGGGAAGCCUUUGAGCUUCUUCCUGAUGAUGAAAGGCAAUGCCAGAAGUGCAAGACCACUUGCUUCCUCUCUGCUUUGGCAUGUUAUGACUGCCCUCAGGGCUUGGUGUGCUUGUACCACAUUGAGGACUUGUGCCACUGCCCACCAUCUCGUCAAUAUCUCAGGUAUCGCUACACCCUAGAUGAGCUUCCGGCCAUGUUACAUAAGCUGAAAGGUCGAGCAGAGUCCUUUGACACGUGGUCUAAUAAAGUGCGCCAAGCUAUAGAAUUAGAUGGGAAAACAAAGAAAGAACUGGUGGAUCUAAAGGCUCUGGAAGCUGAGGCUUUGGAAAAAAAAUUUGUGGAGAAUGAGCAUCUGCAGCUAUUGAGGUGCUCCAUCCAAGAAGUUGAAAGCUGCAUUGCAGAAGCAAAGAAAGUACUGGGCAACUCCCAAGCUAGUAGGAGUCAUUCUACAGUGAUCUCUUUCGAGAGUUUGAUCAAACUUGUUCAGCGCAUUCAGUCUGUCUCUUGCGUUGUCCCACAACUUUCACAGCUUCAGCGUUUAGAAGAACAGGCAGAGAUCUUGCAGGAGGAAGCACAGAAAUGCCUGCAUGCUCUACCCGAUAGCGCCUCCCAGCUAAGUGAGGUACUAGAGCGAUGCCAGGCUGUGAUGGUGGAACUACCAGCGGUCAAGCAAAUAGAAAGACAUUUGAGACAGGGAGAGUGGUUGGAGCGAGUACGCACAGCACUGAGUUCAGGGCCUUCAAGCACACUUCAAGAGAUGCGCUCUCUGUUAAAGGAAGCUGAAGAAGUGGCAGAGAGCCCUGCUGUAGAAAAGGCACAAAGUGAACUGCAAGAGCUCAUCUCUAUUGCUCUGCGCUGGGAGGAGAAGGCCCAGAUGUGUCUGGAGGCAAGUUCUUCUUUACUUGCCCCCUGCAGACAGAAGCACCCUCCUGCUAUGUUAGAAGCCAUCAUAAAAGAAGCAGAACAUAUUCCAGUGCUGUUACCGAACACCCUGAGCCUGAAGGAUGCUCUCUGCAAAGCCAGGGCUUGGAGUGCCGAUGUGGAGGAGAUACAGAGUGGUGAUCACUACCCAUGCUUAGAUGACUUGGAGGGUUUGGUGGCGGUGGGCAGGGAUCUCCCAGUGAAAAUGGAAGAACUUCAUCAGCUGGAGGUGCAAGUGGCAGCAGCUCAUUCCUGGAGGGAGAAAGCAUCAAAAACGUUCCUCAAGAAGAAUUCCUGCUACACCCUCCUGGAGGUGCUUUGUCCAAGUGCAGAUGUUUGCUCAGACACUGGAAAAAGGUCUCGAUGGAAGAGAGAAAAGGAGCAGGGCUUGUACAGGUCGGACAUUGAGAGCCUUGGGUUGUCUGCGCAGGACCUGCGGGACCCUGGUUGUAUAGUAUUGGCAUUUAAAGAAGGGGAGCAAAAAGAGAAGGCUGGAAUCCUUAGGUUACGUGCUAUGAAUUCCUCUGUGGAAGGAGGCUGUGUAUGUGUUUGUGGGGAGCUGCCAGAUGAGCUCAUCUUGAGAUGUGAGAUGUGCCAAGACUUAUUCCAUGGGCUGUGUGUGCCCAGCCCCAGGCUCUCAAAUCACCACGGUGCACACACUCUUCCAUCACUUAUUUGGUGGGAAUGGGACAGCCGUUUCUUGUGCUCACUCUGUGUGCGCUCCCGUAGACCUCGGCUACAGACCAUCCUCUCUCUGUUGGUGGCCCUCCAGAAACUGCCUGUGCGGCUGCCAGAGGGGGAAGCUUUACAGUGUUUAACAGAGCGAGCCAUGAGCUGGCAGGAUCGGGCUCGCAGGGUCCUUGCCACACCAGAAAUUUCUUCUGCAGCAACAGCACUUGCAGAGCGCAGGCAAAGAAUGCAGCAGCAUUGUAAAGAUCCACAUGCACUGAGAGAGACAACCUGGAAUGAACAGAACCCUGUUUCACAUGGGAAUGGAAACAGUCACUCUGAAAAUGGCACUUGCGCAAUGCCUGAUCUAGAUGCAAUGGCUGCCCUGCUCCCACGUAUAGAAAAGGCAGCAGUUCUAGAGUUGUCGCUGGGCUCACGAGCACUACUGGAAGACCUAAUGUUGGAGGGGGACCUUCUAGAGGUGACGCUGGAAGAAGAAGCAAGCGUUUGGCGAUUAUUACUGGCAUCACAGACUCCCUGUAUAGACCGGCUGCGCACCCUGAUAGAGAUUGAGAGGUGUGAACGGAGGGUGGCUCUGCAAAAAGGCAAAGACCCAGAAAGGCGGAAAAAAAGGAGGAGCGAGCGGGACGAUGGCUACUCUCCACCCAUUCUCCCAAAGGAGGAGCUGGGUCCAAAGAGGUGCCGCAGCGACAUCCGAGCACAGGAGACCCUCUCUGAUAAGGAGAGCCCCAGGAAGGGAGGGAGUGAAUACAGCCAGAAUGGAGGAGAGAAGCGCUUGUGACAUUUGGCCAGGGAGCGUGAUCCUUUGAUGCUGGGACAGUGACUCCUCUCCAGAUGGACGCUCAGUUUUACCUCGCUAAAGAAUAGUGAGAGGCGGAUGUAUGGGAGGCCAAAAACAAAACAAGGUGCCCCCUCCCUUCUACACUGCAUUCUCUGUUCUGUUUUUACUCCCUCCUGUCUGAGGGGGGGGGCAUAUUCCUCAAUCUGGGGGGUGUAUUGUAUUAACUGGUGCUGCCUGACUGUGACAGAAAGCAGAACCACUUGCUGCUCUUUUAUGGAUUGAAGGAUUCUGGGUGAGCGAGGGGAAAGACUUUGCUUCUCCUCCAAGUGUAUCAUCAAGCAAAUAAUUCCCAGCGAAGGAAGACCCUGCACCAUGAGCGAGUUGCCUGUAGAGGGGAUACAGGGGGACAUUUUCGCUACCUCCAGACACAGAACUGGGAACGCACACUUUUAUUUACUAGGUGUCCAGUACCAGCAUUUGGGCAUCCCCCAGUGCCAUAGCGAGUGAAGACGAGGUUAUGGGGGUAGCAAUGGUUAUGGUGGGACAUGUUUAGUUUAUUUAUUCCCUUCUCAUUAUCGGACUCUCACGAAUUGCCCCAGCCCUUCCCUCUGUCUCCCCUUAUUCAGGUUCUCCGCACCCCAACCCAAGUCACAUGUUCACUUUGUUCGGAACACUUUGUUUAAAAAAAAAGGUUUUUUUAAAAAAAAUGUACAAAAAAUGUCAUUAACUCCGAGCUGGAGGGUUCUUUUUUCUGACAGGUAGAAAUAAACGUAGAGGUUUUUUGAAA